UUCAGCUGUGCUGUGGUUGGAGCCCUGACAAUGGCAGCCAUUCUUCUGAGGGCAAGGCCCAAGGUGACAGUAUCUUUUGAAGAUGUGUCUGUGUACUUUACAAAGACAGAAUGGAAGCUUCUCGAUCUCAAACAGAGGAAACUUUACAAGCAGGUGAUGCUGGAGAACUAUAGCCAUUUGGUGUCAGUGGGAUUUGCUUUCUCAAAGCCUAACCUGGUAUCCCAGCUGGAGCGAGGGGAGAAGCCCUGGAUUAGGGAUGGUGGAAUGGAGAGUGCAGCAGGAUCCUGUGCUGGGAAUAGGAUAAAGAGCAAGACUCUGACUUCAAAACCGAAACUUUUUGGAAGAGGUCUCCUCAGAGACACCUCGGGAUCCUCAUUGCAGAGACGUCCUCAUGAUUUCAGGCCAAAUCCCUUUGUAAGGUACCAACACUCCAGAAUUGCAAAUAAGCGUUAUCUAUGUCGACAAUGCGGAAAAUCCUUCAGCCACAGCUUCAAUCUCAUCAAACACCGGAUUGUCCACAACAGAGAAAAACCUUAUGAGUGCAGCGAGUGUGGGAAGGUGUUCCAGCGCCGCUUGGCGCUUUUGGAGCAUCAGUGUAUCCACAGUGGCGACAAGCCCUAUGAAUGUGGUGAGUGUGGCAAAACCUUUACGCGCAGCUCCAACCUGGUCAAGCACCAGAUCAUCCACGGCAGUGAGAUGCCAUUCGUGUGCGGCGUAUGUGGUAAGGUGUUCAAGCAAAGCUCCAACCUCCUUGAGCAUCAGCGCAUCCACAGUGGCCGGAAGCCCUACAUCUGUCAGGAGUGCGGGAAGGCCUUCAAGGGCAUCUCGCAGCUCAUCCACCACCAGAACAGUCACAGUGGCAACAGGCCCUUUGCAUGCCAUAAGUGCGGCAAGGCCUUCCAAGGCCACUCGGGGCUCAGCCAACACCAGCGAGUCCACAGUGUCGAGAAGACCUAUGAGUGCAGCGAAUGCAGCCAGGCCUUUGGUCGCCGGGCCAACUUCUUCAAGCACCAGAUGAUGCAUAGUGGGGUGCGGCUCCAGCACCGCACUCGAGGGAAGGGGUUCCGGCGCAUGCUCCUGGAGCAUCAGUGGGGCCUCCAUGGGCAGCGGCCCCAGGAGGCUGGGGAAGGUAGCUCCGCCGAGCCCCAGCUCAUGGACACCAAUGAGAAGCCCCAAGUGUGUGAGCGCUGUGGCCAGGUCUUCGGGAACAAGUUGCUGUUGUGUCGCCACUUGCGCAUCCAUGACGAUGAAGAUGACGAGAAACAGAAGCCUGUUAUUUCGAGCACCUCAGUUUUGGAGGAUAAAUCAACGCUCAGCCAACAUCUGGAAACCCAGCCCACAGAGGAAAGCGACAGUGAAAGCAGUGUAGUUUUCGUGUAUGCUGAGAAGCCCCAGGGCCCAUCCUCACCUUGAGGCCAGAAACAGGGCAGCAGCUCAGAAUGGCAGGACGGCCCCUU